AUGUCGGAUUCCAGAUCGAACGCAAACGAUUCGAAGCAGUCGCAGCCUUUGCAACGACCGCAGGCCCCCGAAAUCAAAAUUAAUACAGACCUUAACGAAGAACUCUCACCGACUGCGGCGCAUCCCACGUUACAAGUCUCCAGUGAAAAUGCCUAUUCCAAUGAUACGAGCGCUCUCUUGAACAGCGGCAGUGUUUCGCCUUUGGAUGGGCCUUCGGGUGGCUCAAUACGCUCUUUCGCUUCUGAUCCACGGGAUCACGAGAGUCGACCAACCUCCCCGCAUAACGUCUCAUCUCCUACGCACAAGAUGAACGACUCCGUGUCCCAUUCGAAUUACCUGGCUGUGCCUGGCACUAGAUCCCGCGGGAACUCAUUGGAGUCGGAGGACACGCAUCAAUCGUCUAGUACAUAUGGAGGUGAUACUUAUGUACCAACGGCAUCUCAUGGAUCUCGUGCAGAUCUGACGAAGAACAUGGUUAUAAAUGAUGAGGAUGCCCUUAAGCCAGAUCCGGGCCGCGAAGAUGAGUUUACGGUGGAAAAUAACAAGUUUGCCUUCUCACCGGGUCAACUAAAUAAGCUCUUAAACCCCAAAAAUCUCGGCGCAUUCCAUGCUCUAGGUGGCCUUCGUGGACUAGAGAAGGGGUUACGAACCGACAUCAAUAGUGGGUUGAGUAUGGAUGAGACCGCGUUGGAUGGAACCGUGAGCUUUGAGGAUGCAACAUCGAUCGCCUCGGAGGAAUCAACACAAGGAUCCCCUUCCCAGCCCCCGCGGCAACCGACGAGGUCUGGCACGGAGCCUGCGAAACACCCUGACAAUGGCUACACUGACCGGAAACGCGUUUAUGGCAGCAACAAACUCCCUGAAAGAAAGCCCAAGAGUAUCUUUGAGUUGGCUUGGAUAGCAUAUAACGAUAAGGUCUUGAUUCUUCUGACGGUUGCUGCUAUUAUCUCACUCGCUCUCGGCAUCUACCAGUCUGUCACAGCUAAGAAAGGUGAACCCAAAGUGGAAUGGGUCGAAGGUGUCGCUAUCAUUGUGGCUAUUGUCAUCGUGGUGAUAGUGGGUGCUGCGAACGACUGGCAGAAGGAACGCCAAUUUGUGAAACUGAACAAAAAGAAGGAUGACCGACAGGUUAAAGUGGUUCGUUCCGGGAAAACAUUGGAGAUUCCAAUUCACGACGUCCUGGUGGGCGACGUUAUGCAUCUCGAACCCGGUGAUGUAAUCCCAGUCGACGGUAUUUUCAUCAAUGGUCACGAUGUCAAGUGUGACGAGUCCUCCGCGACAGGCGAGUCGGAUGUAUUACGCAAGACUGCUGCCAAUGAAGUCUUCCGGGCUAUUGAGCAACAUGAAAACCUCUCGAAACAAGACCCUUUCAUCGUGUCCGGCGCGAAAGUGUCCGAAGGCGUGGGGACAUUCAUUGUCACAUCCGUUGGAGUCAAUUCGACAUACGGGAAAACGAUGGUGUCUCUCCAGGAUGAGGGCCAGACGACACCGCUACAGUCGAAGCUGAACGUCCUCGCUGAAUAUAUUGCCAAACUCGGUCUUGCCGCCGGAUUAUUGUUGUUUGUUGUGCUGUUUAUCAAAUUCCUUGCUCAGCUGAAAACCAUUGACGGUGCUGAUGAGAAAGGUCAAGCGUUCCUUAGAAUUUUCAUUGUUGCUGUGACAGUCAUCGUGGUUGCUGUUCCUGAAGGCUUGCCUCUGGCUGUCACACUAGCACUCGCCUUCGCCACAACACGCAUGCUCAAGGACAAUAACCUGGUGCGGCUGCUCCGGGCUUGUGAGACUAUGGGGAACGCGACAACGAUUUGUUCCGACAAGACUGGCACCUUGACGGAAAACAAAAUGACUGCUGUUGCUGCCACCAUGGGAACGACUUUUAGAUUCGUCAAGGAUGCCGGUGCUUCUUCUAAUGGAACGGAUGAGAAUGGCGACGCACACGAAGUUUCAAAUGCGCUGUCACCAUCCGAGUUUGCCAAAAGUCUUCCUGCUCCAGUCAAGCAGCUUUUACUCGACUCGAUCGUGCUGAACUCCACAGCAUUUGAAGGGGAGCAGGAGGGGGUUAUGACGUUUAUUGGUUCAAAGACCGAAACAGCGCUUCUGGGUUUCGCAAGAACUUAUCUCGCUCUCGGUUCGCUUAGUGAGGCACGGGCCAACGCAGAAAUCGCUCAGAUGGUGCCAUUUGAUUCCGGUCGUAAAUGUAUGGCCGUGGUUAUCAAAAUGGGAUCUGGAAAGUACCGGAUGUUUGUCAAAGGUGCAGCGGAGAUUCUGGCUGCGAAAUCUACGCGUAUCAUUUCCGACCCAACAAAGGAUUUGUCUAGCCACCCGAUUUCCGAUGACGAUAAGAAAGCCUUGAAUGCGACGAUAGAUCGAUAUGCAGCUAAGUCCUUGAGAGCUAUUAGCUUAGUGUACCGCGAUUUUAGUCAAUGGCCGCCCGAAGGGGUACGCAAGCAGGAAAAAGAUCGGAGUCUCGCAGAUUUUGACGCCGUAUUCAAGGAUAUGACCAUGUUCGCUGUUUUCGGCAUCCAGGAUCCCCUUCGAGCUGGUGUAACAGAAUCUGUCCAACAAUGCCAGAAAGCUGGUGUUUUUGUCCGAAUGGUGACCGGAGAUAAUAUUAAUACGGCCAAGGCUAUUGCUGGAGAGUGCGGUAUCUUUACGCCUGGAGGAAUUGCAAUUGAAGGACCCAAAUUUCGCCAGCUUAGCUCCGCUCAGAUCCACCAGAUUAUCCCUCGACUGCAGGUUUUGGCAAGAUCUAGCCCGGAUGACAAGAAAAUCCUGGUUACUCAUCUGAAGAAGCUAGGAGAGACGGUUGCGGUUACCGGUGACGGAACAAAUGAUGCCCAGGCUCUCAAGACAGCAGAUGUUGGAUUUUCUAUGGGAAUUGCUGGCACCGAAGUGGCAAAGGAGGCGUCAGAUAUCAUCCUGAUGGACGAUAAUUUUACCUCAAUCAUCAAGGCUAUGGCCUGGGGUAGGACUGUGAACGACGCGGUCAAGAAGUUUCUGCAGUUCCAAAUUACAGUCAAUAUCACUGCGGUUCUCCUAACAUUCAUCUCAGCCGUGGCUAGUGACACCGAAGAAUCGGUUCUUACGGCGGUACAGCUUCUAUGGGUCAACCUUAUCAUGGACACUUUCGCAGCGCUUGCUCUAGCCACUGAUCCCCCAUCUGCACAUGUUCUGGACCGCAGACCCGAGCCCAAAUCCGCUCCACUCAUCACCCUCACAAUGUGGAAAAUGAUUAUCGGUCAAAGUAUUUAUCAAAUGGCCGUCACGCUUGUCUUGAACUUUGCAGGAGGCCACUUCGGUUACGAAGGCGAUAUACUUUCUACAGUUGUAUUCAAUGCCUUUGUUUGGAUGCAGAUAUUCAACCAGUGGAACUCUCGUCGCCUGGACAAUAGAUUCAAUAUUUUUGAAGGCAUGCUCCGCAAUUGGUGGUUCAUUGGAAUCCAGUUCAUCAUCAUGGGUGGACAGGUCUUGAUCGUUUUCGUUGGUGGCCAUGCAUUCUCUGUCACCAGAAUAAACGGUGCGCAAUGGGGAGUCUGUUUGAUCAUCGGCGUGAUCUCUCUUCCAAUUGCAGUCAUCAUUCGGCUGAUCCCAGAUGCAUUCAUUGAGAAACUCAUCCCGACCUUUUUCAGCCGCAAAAAGGCCCCCGAGCUUUUCGUUUCCGACGAGGAUCGCUUCGAGUGGAACCCUGCUCUGACUGAGAUUCGGGAUCAGCUCAAAUUUCUCAAGAGGGUCCGUGGAGGUCGGUUGAGACACCUGAAGCACAAAUUACAGCACCCUGAAGAGUUCCUUCCAAGAUCACGGAGCGGCUCAAGGUCAUCACGGUCAAGAGAGAACUCGGUCCCUGGAACACCCGUCAAUGAACGCAGCAGUACUCCAUCUCAGCCCCCUACUCCGGAGUCCCGGUCAAGAAGACGAGCUCGGUCUCGCUCGAACUCGGCAUUUGGACCUGCUACAGCCAUGGCGGGUAUAGUUGCUGGAAGUAUUGCAGGCUGGUCGCCUAUUGAAAGAGCGCCAGCAGACGGAGAGCAACUCAAGUUUGAUUCCACUCCACAUGGGGGCUUGGAAAACCAACAAGACGAUCGGAUCGUGGGCGACUAUCUUUCAUCGUCGAAGACGCCUCCAAGCCAGAAUCCAGACCUCCUACCUUACUUUGAGCACGCUCCUCCUGCACGGGCUCCGUCUAGCCGCAGCAUAAGGUCAACAUCUGUUCACAGCCGGUCCGCUCACAGCCGGUCCGCAUCUCGAAACGAAAGUUGA